UUGAAUAUGGUCACACUGAAUAUAACCUUAAAUUUUUACUGUCAUUUAUUCAUUGUUUCAUCACUUUGUCCUUUAUUUUUAUUUCCUUUUCAAAUACGUACUUAAUUGAAAUUAAAUAUAAUUAACAAAUUUUUUAUUGUUAAAAUAGGUAUUUUAUUUCAUUCAAUUAUUACUGAUUUUGCUCUCACUCAAAAUGUCAAAAAGCGGACCUAAUAAAAGCGGUAGUAAAGGGAAAUCAAAUGAAGAAAUUUUUGCCGGACUACAAAACUUGCGUACAGAACAGAGGCAAUUAGCAAACAAAAUAUCUGAACUUGAAAUGGAUCUUAAUGAACACAAGACAGUGAUCGACACUUUACGUGAAGUGGAAGGGGCGCGCAAAUGUUUCCGUAUGGUCGGUGGCGUUCUCGUGGAGCGCACAGUAGCAGAUGUCCUGCCUGAACUAGAGAGCAACCGUGAGCGACUCCCUAAAGCACUACAAGCAUUACAUGAACAACUGGCGCGAAAAGGACAAGAAAUUAAUGAAUACAUAGAAAGCCAUGAUAUCCAUAUACACCGUGGAGAGCGGCCUCCCCCCACGGCCGAUACCGCACCCGACCAGCCCUCCAAAUCCAAUGUCCUUGUCGCCAGUGGUUGACAUCUGCACAUGUGUUAAUUUGUAUAAAUAAAGCUUUAUACUUAGGUUUAAUAAAUAUUACAAUUAUGCUUUAUUAUGUAUUGUUGCUAUAAUAAUUGUAAUGAAUAAAAUUGGCCUAUUUCAAUAGAAUCUAAUAAAAACUUAAAUGAUUAAUGGAACGACUAUAAGGGGGACUGGUGAAUGUAGUACAAAUCAAGAGUCAAUGGAUACUAAUUUCAGAUCUUUUCAUUUAGAAAGUGUAUGAUAAUUGCUACAACAUUUAUUAGUUAUUAUUAUUGAAUGACAAGCUUCUUCAGGCAAAAAUAUCUUAAUGCUGCAACCUUUUGCAUGCAUGAUCUUUUUUGCUUACCUUUUUUUUUAUAGUUUGCAACAAAUUUCUAUCAGUGAUAGGAAUUUUAAGAUGUUAUUUGUAGCUAUAUUUGGGUUACUCUUUCAUUAAAUUCUAUUGAAACAGACUAUAACUGUUUAAUUUUUGUGUGAUGCUGAUAUUUAUUAACUACAUUUGUAUGGAGCAAAAUUGCAAACAAUAAUAUUGCUAUUAAGUUUUA